CAGAACAAGGAGUAGAAUGCUUUCAAUUUCAAUUUCAAUUUCGGAGUAAAAUUUUUACUAAAUCUGCUGGCUUUGAUCUCCAGAUAUUCAAUUUCGCAGAGAAAGGAAGACUAGAUACAUUGAAGUGAGUGAUCGGUGCUCUGUAUCGGUAUGAUCCACGAUUGUCUGCAUUCAUCGCGUCAGCAAUGGCGUCCUUCCGGCGAACCCUAUCGUCGUCCAAUUAUCUUACCGGAGGAGCGAAUUCGUUCUCUCUCGACGUUAAUUCUCCGCCUCACAAGGUCCAGUCCAUCGGGAAAAGCUCGUCUCCGCUGUCGGCGUUCGGCUUUGCAAUCGGUGAUUUACUCGGUGGUGGAGGCGUGAGGCAUUCGAGGAAAGGAUUUUCGUGGAAGAAAUCGAUUUACAGGUGUUUGAUGUUCUUCUUCGUAGGAAUUUUGCUAGGCGUGGCACCUUUUGGCGAUCUAGAAGAUGCGAAGAACAAGGACGAUUUCUCAGCCCAAGCAAAGCCUCCGUCCAUAGAUGAUGAAAGGGAAAUGAAGGAUGUAGUAAUUCCCAGACAUAAUUCCAUCGUUGCUGUUUCUCUGUUAGAAGUGCAGGAAAAGACCGAAUUGGAAGGACGAUUUGAUUUGAUUCCGCGGAAACAAUUGAUCGUUGUGACUCCUACGUAUCCAAGGCCUCAACAAACUUAUGAUCUGAAUCGAUUGGGGCAGGUUCUGAGGCUUGUGCAGCCACCAUUACUGUGGAUUGUGGUGGAGAUGAAUGAAGCUUCAUCCGGAACUGCAGAGAUUUUGAGGAAGACUGGUGUUGUUUAUAGGCAUCUAGUGUGCUCCAAGAUCAUGGAAGAUGUAAAGCACAAGAAAGCUGUUAUGCGGAACACUGCAUUAGAGCAUGUUGAGCAUCACAGGCUUGACGGAAUUGUUUACUUUGCAGAUGAUGACAAUGUCUACUCGCUCGAGUUGUUUGACAGCAUGAGGAAUAUCAGCCGUUUCGGGACUUGGCCUGUGGCUAUGGUGGCACAAAGCAAAAACAAAGUUUUAGUAGAAGGUCCUAUUUGUAAUGGAAGCCGAGUAGUGGGAUGGCACACAUAUGAAAAGAGCAAAAGACUUAAAAGAUUCCAAGGUGUUGAUAUGUCCGGCUUUGCCUUCAAUAGUACUCUUUUGUGGGAUCCAAAAAUAUGGCAUCGCCCUACCGCAGAGCCAAUCCGACAGUUGGACAGCAUAAAAGACGGGUUUCAGGAAACCAGUUUUGUAGAACAACUUGUAGAGGAUGAAAGCCAAAUGGAAGGAAUACCUCACGGGUGUUCAGUCGUGCUAAAUUGGCACCUCCAUUUAGAAGCUAUUGAAGGGUACAAAAAUGAAAGAGGAUGAAAUGGUUGUCGUGUAGCUUUGGAGUCUUACUCCCAUUUGUUUAUGAUCCUUAAUAAAGUGAUGGAUAGCCAACAAUGCGAAAAGAACAACGGCGGGCAGAGGACAUGGUGAUAGCUCUGGUGUGGAUGAUCGACAAUUGAAAGAGAUAUAAAAAAACUCUUUUUUCCACACUCUAAAAUAAUGACUCUAGACUUUG